UAUGGUUAAAAAAUAAUAAAUAUUCCAAGUCUCUUCGAUUCUCUCAGAGAGAGAGAGAGAGAGAUUAUUGUUGAUUGUUGAUUCGGGCUAUCUGAUUUCACCGCCAUGGGAGGAGGAGAAUUUGUUAGGGCAGCCGCGAAGAUAGCCGGAGCCGGCGCAGUUAACGCCGGUGUCCGAGGAGCAUCGACCGCGCCACAGUUCGGGCAAUUGCUUCGCGGCGUAUCGAGGCCGGCGUCGGUUUUCGUGGCAUCGUCUUCACCGGUGCCGCCCGCGAAGGCCGCCGCCGGCUCCGAGGUUGAGGCUGUGCAGAAGCCGGCAUGGGAGAUUGAUGACUGGGAAUUCGCCAAUUGGGAGGACGGCCUGGCCGUAGAAGCCGCUGGACCCAAACCGAGGAUUGUGUUUGGGGCCGUCCCGAGUUUCGAAGAGGCGAAGGAAGCUACGACGGAUUUGAAGGAGGCACUGGAUAAGGUAUACUUGUCUUCACCAGAAUUUUCAGGAUCAAGUCUCAUUGCUUCCUCCAACGGUAAACUAGAGGCUGAGUCUUGUUUAGCUAUUGAGUCGCAGACUUCGGUUCCUCUGCAUGCAAUUCAGGCAUUUAGGCUGCUCAAGGAAAGUUCUGAAGCUCAGACUGUUGUUGCCUCAAUUGCCUCUGACCCAAAAGUCUGGAAUGCAAUGUUGGCAAAUGAAGCGCUCCAGAGCUUCUUGCAAUCAUACGAUUCAUACCAGACCAGUAAGAUUUCAGACAAGGGACUUGAGCAUCACAAAAUAUCUGAGGAGCUUGAAGAUGCACUAGAUCUGAGCUAUGCCGAGGAAUCAAGAAACGAGUCGAGAAAUGUCUUCCACGAGACGCUAGCAUAUAUUAAAACUUCGAUCGAUGACAUGCUGUCUACAGCAUCCAGUUUCCUUCAUAAAAUAUUUGGAUCCUCACCAGCUGAAGUCUCUGGAGAUGACAAAGCAAGCUCUGGAUUUUCCACGGGAGAGAUCGCCGUGGGAUCAAUUAUGGGACUGGCUAUUUUAGUAGCUCUCGUGGUGUUUGCAAAGCGAAAUUAGAUGUCAACUAUGAUGUUCUUUUGGAUAAAUCUGUCGACAUUACAAUCUUUGAAUCUCUUUUACUGUUGUGUUGAUCUGAGACAGUACUGGAUCCUUUUGAAGCAUAUACAUUAUGAAGUUUUACUAUAUGUAAAGUUGGAGUUUUACUAUAUGUAAUGUUUGUACACAUAAUUUAUAGGUUGAAUGUUGAURCAAUCAUGAGAAAAGAUGUAUCAAGUUCACAGCUUGACAGUUGAAUUGAAAUGGCCAUUUAUAGAAA